AUGAAUAAGGCAAAAUUAAUGGAAAAGGACAAAAUAAUUGAGGCCUUGAAGAAAGCGGAUGAAAAUAAGCGGAUAACGGUAAAGCAAGAGCCAGUUGACGAUGGAUAUGAACCUUCUAUGAUAAUUUCAAAUAAUGAUCUUGAGCAAGAGCCAAUCGAUGAUGAAUUCGAAGACGAAGACGAUAUUGUUUGCGAAGGGCUUGUUCUCAAAAACGCGUCGGAUCUUUUAGAAGUUCCGAAACUAACGACGAAGCCCAAUGAUUCGAAGUGGAGACUUGUCGAAGUCGAUUUGAAUCAUCUUCCUGACGCAUUCCAAAAAAAUGAAUACUUCAAGAGAUAUUAUAAAAUUGAUUUAAUCAAAGGAUGUUCGGAAUUAGCGUGUCGCUCACUCAAUACUGAAACCAAGUAUUGUACAGAGGAUGGUCCAAUGAAAACUGUAGAGGAUUUGCGAAAAGAAAUGCACGCGUUCUCAGAUAAAUUUGGUUUCACUGAGUCAAUUGAUGAAAUCGACAUUACGGUUGAAGAAAUUGACGAAGACAAUAAUCUUCAUGUUGCGGAUAUGAGUUCGGCACGAAUGGAACGGAAUCUUUCGACGAAUAAAACGAAAAAAGGGGGAAAAGGAGAAAAAAAGGCAAUUAACUUUGCGAAAUUAGAUGUUAAUGAGUUAAUUAAAAAGUAUCGUUAUCCUUUUCUGAAGAAUGAAGGUGUCUACUUUCCUCUUGGACCUCUGCCGAGGAAUGACGGGGUGAUUAAUACGGAAGAAGACAAAGAAUAUAUCGAACGCAUGAUUGCUUCCUCAACGUAUGUCGCUGGAUUCGAGAAAAUUGUGCAUUUGAUUGCGCCAAAUUCAACGCAAAAAAAUACGAAGGAAUUCAAUGCAAUUAUGGCGGAUAUGAGGACUUGUCAGAAAUUAUCUGAUGUCGAAAAGAAAUUUACAAACAGAUUUGUUGGUCGAUUGCAAAGCGCUUCAGUCAGUUGUCAUCAAGAUAGAAGGGAAGCUCGUCGACUUCAUCGAGAAAAUCUUCAAAACGAAAUUGAUGGCGAGGAGGAGCUCGAACGAGAAUAUCGUGAUGCUGAUGGAGAUGAUAUCAAAUCGCGCGUCGUUGAAUCGAAAUUGAUUCAAAUGCAUGUGGAAUCUGCGAAGAGGGACAUUUAUUCUUAUAGUUAUCAGCAAAUUCGGAUCAAAGACCAUCCGCUGAAUUUAAAACAUGUCGAAGAUCUGUGUGUUUUUGAUAACGAUGAAAAGGAGUUAUGGACUGUAAUAUACGAGAAUCUAAUCUCAUACUUCCGAAAUAUGCCUCCGCUUCCGGCAUUGAUGAACAACAAAGAAGUUUCUGAUGCUGUGAGCAAAGCAUUCGAAAAAAUAAAUCGAAAUGAACCAGUUAAAGAAAGUUAUACUUAUUAUUGA